CAUGACAGAGGUCGCCGGUCUCAGUGAACAGCAGUGAUCUGCCAACACGGUCGCUUUUGUCCAAUCGUCUGUAGAAGUACCAAAUACAGUGGCAGAGUAAUGCCUUCCUCUGGGCUGCUGGUGUUCCUGCUGGUGCUUCAUGCCAACUUAAAGUUCAGUUUGUCGCUGGGAGUUUCAGAGAAGUUAUGGAAUUACAACUACACCAGAUAUCAUCCUAUGGAUGAGAUCUCCAGUUGGAUGGACAGUGUGGUGGAGCAGAACCCUAAGCUGGUGACCUCCCUCGUCUACGGCCAGACUUUCGAGAAGAGAGACAUUAAGCUACUCAAGUUUGGUCUGCCGGAUCCCGGGGGUCUGGAGAAGAAGGCGGUGUGGGUGGACUGUGGGAUCCACGCCAGAGAGUGGAUCGCUCCAGCCUUCUGCCAGUGGUUUGUCAAAGAGAUUUUACAGUCCUACAACGAAAGUGACGUGAGGCUGACCAAGUUUCUGCAGAAGAUUGACCUCUAUGUGACCCCUGUGCUCAAUGUGGACGGAUACAUGUUCUCCUGGACCAAUCAGAGCACUCGUCUGUGGAGGAAGUCCAGGUCCCUCCCUCCUCAAGGAUGUACUUGCCACGGCGUCGACCUUAACCGAAAUUUCAAUGCAAACUGGGGGACGGUGGGUGUGUCAACUGACUGCUGUUCCAACACGUACUGUGGCGUGUCUCCAGCCUCUGAACCCGAGGCCAAGGCAGUGACGGACUUUGUUGGUACUAGGGUGGAUCAGUUCUUGUGCUACCUGACCAUCCACUCCUCUGGUCAGCUGAUCCUCCUGCCUUAUGGACACCCCCAGAUAACAGCCCCCAACUACGAAGAGCUGGUGUCAGUGGGCAAGGCAGCAGCCUCUGAGAUGAAGAAGUUAUACGGAAUGGAGUACAGGGUUGGAACCUCUCCACAAAUACUGUAUGCUAACUCCGGGUCCAGUAGAGACUGGGCUAGGCUGCUGGGUAUUCCCUUCUCCUACACCUUUGAGCUGAGGGACAAAGGGGAGUUUGGCCACCUGCUCCCAGAGGAUCAGAUCAAGCCCGCCUGUGAGGAGGCCUACGUGGGGGUCACCUCCAUCCUCUCCUACGUGUACGACAAUAACUUCCCUAACGACAAACUGCCCACCGCCGCCGCCACCGCCUGCGUGCACGUCACUGGGCUCAUCGUCAUGACGACACUGGCUACACUCCUCGUUACGUUGGGAUCUGUGUGAGACGGUUUUGAAUCGAAAUCGUGUUUGGAAUCUGUAAUCGGAAUCACAAUGUGUAUUAUUGCUGAGUUGGUUUACCCAUACAUGGAAUUUGGGUACAUGUUAGUGCAAGGAAAAAGUACAAAGUAAAGAUAAUGUAACUGUAUGGUAAUUGUAAUUGUAAAAUAAUAAUAAAAUAUUGUGGGUGAGUGGGCGUAUCAAAGUAUCAAAGUAUCAAGUAAUCAAAGAAUAAGUACAAUAGGAUGAUCUGUCUUUCUCCCAUUUCUCCCAAAUGCUCAUAUCAGUGCGAUAUUUAAGCAUGAAAUAUUUCAACCGUAUUAAUACCUAACACCAUCUAGUGGAGAUUAUUUUUUCUCUGAUUAAGACUUUCAAGAUCAAAGUCGAUCAUUGGCACUGAUAAUUAUUAUCUGGAAUAUGAUUGUUUAUUUAUUGUCCUUAUCAUGUAAACUAUUUAUAACAGCUCAAAUCCAUGCCAUUCAUUAAUAGAUUCUAACAUUGCAUAAACAUUUGAUUACUUCUUGUAGCUUAUGGAAAUAAAAUAUGUUCCAAAACAAAUGAAAAAAAAACUAGCGCCGUUUCCUUACAGCAGGGGGCGCUGAUGCUCCACCUUUCCUGACGUGAGAGUCGCUACUCUUGGUUGAAUAUUACUUUCUCACACCAAGUGCUAUUUCUAACGAGAAACACCAGCCUUCAUCCAUGGAAACUAAACUAGUUCAAUUACAUUGAAAUGUUAAUUGUGAGAUGACCUAGUGCUCCACGUCUUGCAGGAAUAAAGUGAGUAAAUUACAGUC